AUGAGGGGAGUACUCACCAAGAAGCGUAGACGGAUCGUGUCCAACGAAAACAGAAAGCGUGCGCUCUUCAGCUGCGAUCGUUGUAAGAAACGCAAGACCGCCUGCAAAAGGCUUCAUUCUGACAACCUUAGAUAUGACCAUACUACUCCGUGCAUUCAAUGCUCUAGAAAAGGUCUGGAGUGUACAACCACGAUACCCAGGAAGAAGAGGUUUGUGGGACCCGUGGAAAAUGUCGGAUUGCACUACAAAUGUCUGACGAGUCUGCUCGCUGGAUUAUUUCCGGAAAGGGAUAUCUACAAUCUUGAACAUCUUGUUGAACUGGGGAAAUCUUUCAAAAUUGACAUGCCUGAUUUGGACGCUGAACAGGAGGAGGAGGAGGACGAAAACCAGAGUGACGAGGACUCCGAUACUGGCGAGAAUGGAAACAACCACACCGAUCUGAAGCAGUCACUCUCUCACUCGAUUCACAGAGAUAUAACUGUGGAAACGGUAAAACUGGAAUCAAAGGUCGAAGAGACACCUGUUGAGCGGAGCGACAAACGGAUAGAUAGUGAGACAUUGAUCGUGGAUAAAGGAGGAAAUGUUCAUUAUAUCGGUUCGACAGGUACCGUUGCUUUGUUGAAGUCGCUUUGCGAUAUUAUCCUGCGAAAAUCUUUCAACCUCAAACCGUCACAACCGUUGAGGGAGCUGAGAGACUCCAGACUGGAGACUAUCACCAGCUCUCACAAUGUUGGAGAGACCAAUAUGCCUUCAUAUCUCGCUGGUAUGGAUCUCACAGAUCUUAAACGUCUUCCCAUGUCGAACCUAUUACCUAGGGAGCAGGCCGAUGCCUUGGUUGAUGUAUUUUUCAAACACGUUCAUCCCAUGUAUUUCGUGUUCAUCGAAGCAAAAUUCAAAGAAAAGUACGAGCUUUUCUGGUCUGAAUUAGAUUCUUACGAUGAAACGUUCAAGAGCUCUCCAGAAUCAAGAUUGUCAUCUGAUUCUGGCGUGGUGACUACUUCGUCUCCUUCUCCCGCAAAAAAGCUGAGUCAUACAGAAAUUGGAUGUAUCUAUAUGGUAUGGAUCCUGGCGAAUAGAUACAACUACACGAAGCCUUAUUCGAGAACAGACUCUUCUCAAUUGGAUGACUCUACAGUUGCAAAACUCAUAGACAUUAUCAAGCUCACGUUGCCGGACAUCGUGUUGACCCCGUCUGUCAAUGGAAUCAGAUUGGUGUACUUGCUAUCCGUUUUCCUUGCCAGCACCAAGGUGCGUGAGAGUGCCUGGAUUCUGGUGGAGUUGGCGAUCACUCAGGUGCGAAGUCUCGGAUUGCACCGUACUAGUUUGCACGUGCAAUGCAGUCCAACAAUGGCAGAAGAAAGACAACGUCUUUUCUGGGCGCUGAUAAAAACCAGGGUAUUCUCCAGUUCCUCCUUUGGAAGAGUCCCUGGACUGAACGGCGAAGAAAUGGACGUGGAUAUACCCACUCUGAGUGAUCUAAAACCAGACGAUCCGUUCAAGGUCUAUUACAAACACAACCUGGAACUGUCCAAAAUCAUGUAUGAUAUCAUGAUCACGAGAAUAAGACUGAACUUGAAGUCAGAUCCAUUUUCUUUCUCAAACACAGAGCGUACGCUUUUGGUGAAGAAAAGACUUGAUGCCUUUUGGCAGACUUUGUCACCAGACUGGCAAGACCCAUACAGUCAUCCGAUUAGCAUGUACAAGAUCAAGAUCAAUGUAUUCUACCAAUACUACCAUAUCUGUCUGACAUUGCCUUUCUAUUUCCACUUCGCCAAUAACAGCAGUCACCGCAUUUCCAAGGGCGAUCCAACCAUGACUGUUCUAAUCACUGGAAUUGAAUCAGCCUUCAAAAUAGCAGAAUUGACUACGCUCAAUGAUGAACAAGGUUUCUUCAACGGAACCCUUUCUAGUGAUGUCUUCUUUGCAUACAAUGCAGUUCUGGUUCUUGCGCUUACCUACAUUUUAUUUAAAACAAACGGAAGUGCCAGCGAAAGUCUCAUUGAUUUCACCUAUCUGGAUACGGCUCAUGGCAUCAACCUCGCAAGUUUGCUGAAUGCCCUAAAUCUGGUCAGGAGAAUGAUUUUCAAGAAUAGCUACCGCCUAAACGGUACUGCUGAGACUAUCAGUGAGGUAAUAGAAACAAUUCUACAAGAUCUGGGUAUCGUUGAUAUUCUUAUCCAGGAGUUUGGCGCCCCUGCGACAAUCAAUUUAGGAGACAAGUCCAGCAAGCAGCAUGUUGAGUCUUUGCCAAAGCAUCUUCCCUUGGACAAUGACUUGAACCAGGACUAUCCCGUUCCUGAGGGAUUUCCGACAACGCAUAUUCUGUCAGAAAUGCCGAACAUUAAUGCCCCCGCCAUUGAAAAUGCAAUGAUGAAUCACAACGCCUCGUUACCCCAGGAUUUUGUCGAUGGCCAAUUCAUAGACAUGUUGCUCGGCGAUCUUUUCGGGAGUACAGGAUCAAUGGAGGCAGGAGACUUUGCAUCAGAUCCCUCGCUUUCAUACUGGCAGCCAUUAUCGAGGUUGUUUUGA